AUGAGAAUUGGAAAGUCAAAAGGUUGGCUUAGAAUUGCAAUGGUGGGUUUGUUGGUUUCAGUCUCAGCAGAGGCUGUGUUUGGGUUUAGGUUUGUGAUUGACAAAGAAGAGUGCUUCUCUCACAAUGUUGAAUUCACUAGAGAUACCAUCCAUCUAUCCUUUGUUGUUGUUAGUGUUCAUGCUUCUUGGCGUCACGCUCACAAUGGUGUCGAUCUUUCGGUGAAGGGACCCAAAGGGGAGGGGAUAGAAGAACAUAAAGGGAAGACAAGUGAGAAGUUUAAGUUUGUUGCUCAUUUUAAAGGCCCAUAUCGCUUCUGCUUCACCAACAAAUCUCCUCACCAUGAGACCAUUGACUUUGAUAUUCACAUCACUCGUUAUUUUGAACCCUAUGAUCAUGAUCAACAUGUUCAAAAUGAGCACUUAAGCCCUUUGAUGGACCAAAUAGAGAAGUUAAGAGAAGCACUAGACAUUGUUGAGUUUGAGCAACAAUGGUUGGAGGCACAGACAGAGCGACAAGUCAAAGUGAAUGAAGCAAUGAGCAGGUGGGCAAUUCUGAAGGCGCUUCUCGAAUCAGCAGCGCUCAUUGGUGCGAGCGGUCUUCAAGUUUGCCUCUUAUGCCGCCUAUUUGAGAAGAGGGUCGGGGUCCUGCAUUCGAACUCCUACACCAUAUAGUAAUGUCCAUCCCAUAUUCAAGUGUUGAAAACGGUUGAAGCGUUUUUCAUCGGUUCUCGUGUUUUUCGAGACUAAAAUUACUCAUCAUAUUCAUUUUACAAAUCAAACUAUUCAUCCCCACAAAAUUAUGGUUGGAUAAUUACUUUCUGCACCUCUCAUUUCUGUGUUGUAUUUU